AUGGCUUCCGUCGCUCUCACUCUCCUGGCGGCUUUUGCCGGCCAGGCUUCGGCCAAGACCGUCAAGACCCCGACUCCUCAAAUGGGCUGGAACAGUUACAACUACUACAACUGCUACCCCAACGAGAAGAUCAUCAAGGAGAACGCUCACGCCGUUGUGGAUACUGGUCUGGCCGAGGCCGGAUACGCAACGGUCACCACCGACUGCGGAUGGCCAGCUAAGAACCGCUCGGCCGACGGACAGCUUGUGUGGAACCCGGAGCUGUUCCCGUCCGGAGGCGCUAAGGAGCUCGGCGACUACCUCCACAAUCUCGGCCUCAAGUUCGGCGUGUACUCCGGCGGCGGAUAUUACCAAUGUGGAUCUACUGAUCAACCUGCUUCCUUGGACCACGAGUUUACUGAUGCAAAGUCGUUUGCUGACUGGGGUGCGGACAUCCUCAAGUACGACAACUGCUACGCUGUCGAGCCGGACGUCAUGGUCGACUACGUCUCUGAGGAGGCCAUCUCCCCAGACCGCUUCGUCACAAUGGCCGAGGCUAUGAACACCACGGACCGAGAUAUGAUCUAUCAGGUCUGCCAAUGGGGCACUGGAACCGACUUGGGCGUCUGGGUUCCUAAGAUUGGAAAUAGCUGGAGAAUCAGCAACGACAUUUACAACAGCUGGCGCAGCAUCUGGCGCAUCACCAACCAAGUGGUGCCUUUCUACAAGUACACCGGCCCGGGUGCUUUCCCCGACAUGGAUAUGUUGAUUGUUGGACUCAACGCCCUGUCUAUUGAGGAAGAGAGGUUUCACAUGGCGAUGUGGAGCAUUAACAAGUCGCCCCUCACUCUGGGAGCCCCGGCCAUCCCCGCCCUCGUCCCGGAGCACACCCUGUCCAUCGUUGCCAACAAGGAAGUCAUCGCCAUUAACCAAGACCCCCUCGCCAAGCAGGCUCAGCUCGUCCGCCGCUACACCGAGGAGGAAUGGGAUGUUUGGGCCGGUGAGCUCUCCGGUGACCGUCUGGUCGUCGGCAUCGCCAACUGGAGGAACGACUCCCAGCCCGUCAGCGUCGACCUCGCCGGUGUCCUGGGCCUCACCUCGGCCAACGCCCGCGACGUCUGGGCUGCGAGUGACAUCGGCUCCAUCUCGGGCACUUACGAAACCACCCUCAAGGGCCAUGAGCUUAGAUUACUGGUGCUCUCAGACCUCGCGAAGGCGGAGCAGGUCCACAGCUCCGUCGGCUAUUACACGGCUACAGACGACGGCGCGCUGUCCGGAUCAGCGGCCAAGGUGACUUGUGGAGAUGGCCAGUGCCUCCCCAGCGGAACCAAGGUGGGCAACAUCGGGUCAGGGGCGGCUGUCAAGUUCGAAGGCGUUGAAGCCAAGACUGAAGGCAAGAAGCUUCUUGGUGUUGACUUCAUCAACUAUGAUGUCGCACUUGGCACGGCUUGGGACUUUGGCUCCAGCUCGCGCAACUUGACUGUCUCUGUCAACGGUGGCACCGCCAAACGCUGGGCGUUCCCCAUCUCCGGAGGAAACUGGUAUGAUACUGGGCGCCUGUUGGUCGAAGUUGACGGCUUUAAGGGGGAUGCCUCCAACACGGUUGAGUUCAAGGCCAUCGGGAGUGAUUGGGCGCCCGACUUGGUUGGUUUCGAGGUCUUUGAAUCUUCUUAG